GGCCUAAACCAAGGCAACCUAAUUUCUUCUUCCACUUCUCGCGGAGGAGAGGAGAUUCCGAUCGAGAAGCGGCGGCGGGCGGCCGGCCGGCGGCGAGGGAGAGGGAGAAUCGAAUAUACUGUAGCAGAAGAUGCUUCCAAUUUUCAAUGGCGGGUUAGGAGGAGGAGUUGGCGAACACGCUACCUAAUUAGCUAGGUUUCCUUUGCUUCUCCACCAUAUCCGUUCCCCUCUUCUCCGCUACGAUGCAGGCCGCCGCGGCGCCAUGGAGGGCCGUGCUACGGACGACCCACCUCCUCGUCGAUCCCACGCGUCUCGCCGCGUCCUCCUUCCACUCCACACCCGUCUCCUCCGCCAAGUGGAAGGACAAGUUCGAUUGCAAGCAUGAACAUGGAGCGCGGAAGCUAUCCAAGAACUACGAGAGGUAUGUUGUUCGUCAAAAACGAGCAGAAGGUAAAAAGGCCCUAAAAGAUUAUCUUCUAUUUGGAAAGAGUUCACCUCAUUUACAGGGUGGAAGUACGGGCAGCUUUGCUAAUUCGCAUGAUAUCCCACGAUUCAAAACCUUUAGGAAAGGAUCUCAGUCUCAUGGCUCAACAAAGUCGCGACAAGGUGUACACCAUCACAGAAAAUGUAAAAAAGACAGGGAGAGGUUCUACAAUUUCUUCCGUGAGGAGUAUUAUGUGCAUCCUGACAAAAUCUUUGAAGACAUGUUCGGUGAGAAUCAUCGUUUUACCUGGUCCCAUAUAUCGUGGGAGAGUUUUAGCUUCAGAGAUUCAUCGUCCAGAUUUCGAAGGACUGGUGAAUCGAAGAGAGAAAGAGUUUGUAGCGAUAGUGACGAUGAAAAUGAGGAUGAAACAACCAACAUUGGGUCACAUGCACACCGGGCUAUUCUUGGACUACCAGCUUGUGGUCCACUAACUCUAGAUGCUGUCAAAACUGCUUUCCGGGCAUCUGCUCUGAGGUGGCACCCUGACAAGCACCCAGGCUCAUCACAGGCCGUGGCCGAAGAGAAGUUUAAGCUUUGUGUCAACGCAUACAAUUCUAUCUGCAAUGUCCUCAAGGCUGCUUAGCUUUCCUCUUGCAUCGAUGGUGGUUCAAGCUUGCAGUUGCUGGAGGCUGUGAACUCGCAGCAACAGCAUUUCAAGGCUUGUAGCUGACAAGGCCAAGCAUGAAGCUGCUGCAUUGUUUCAGAGCAUCAAUCGGAUGACACAUUCAGUUCACCAACUCACCAAGCUCAGAGAAGGAAGGGGAUUUGUGCUGUUGUAACAAACAUGUACGUACUACUAAUCACUGUAACAAACAUCUAUUCCUUCAUUUGAUUUGAUUUCCUAUUCCUUGAGCGAAUAAAACAAACACUGUUCACAGAAACACACUUUUACACAAACAAUAUGAGAAAAGUUGAUUGAAGAGCCUA